GCCUAAUUGAAAAGGUGCGUUACUUACGGAUUCCGCGAUGGUUUUUAUACUUUCGCAGUUUUAGGUACCUCAUUUAUCCAGCGGCUGAGAAGCAUCAUGAACUGUUUAUCUCACAUCAAUUGUUUUCAUUUUAAUGUUGUAAUUAUUUAAAAAAAGACAGUCGAGACAUGUCAGCUGCAAGAGUUUGUUGGCUAUAUCAUCACCAAUUGUUUCAGUUGUACAAAGUUUAUUCUAUGCCUAUCCAGCGAACAUUGUGUUCUAAACCAAGCUAUAAAAUUUCCACAUUGUUUGAUGGUAAUACAACGAAUCAUCAAAUUACCAGGAAUAAAAUUUAUUCUAUUCUCUCACCACUAGGAGAUUUCAGUGUUUCAAUUGAUGAUUUUAGAAGUAUGAAAAAUAAUUUACAUCCAAAACAGAUAUCAUCAUUUUGGCCGUGUAUUAUAGACUAUGCUAUAUCGAAUAAUUAUUUUGAAUUAAGAAAAUCAUUAAUAAACUACAUUCUGUCUGAUAAACACGAACAUUCUAAUACCACACUGAUAAAAAUGUUAAAUUUACUGAUCUAUGAAGAAUGUUAUAAUGAUUUCAAAAUGUUGUAUAACGAAUUGAUAGCGCGAUUAACUCCUGUCGAGAAAAAAGUCUUUUUUAAUGAUCUUGCCAAGUUAUUAGCACGAAGUCCUUAUUGGAGGGAAUCUUUAGAACUUCUGUCAACUUCAGAAAUGAAUGGAUUCGAUUAUACAAAAGUUUAUGAAAUGAUAUGUCUGUCUGCUAUCAAGUUUGAUAAUGUAUCUUCUGUAUUUGAAUGCUUGAACCAGUUAAAGUGUUGUCCAAAAGAUGAUGUAUUUUUCAAAUUCUUUGAUAAAUUAUCAACAGUUGAAGAAGAAGAGGAACAAGAAGAAGCAGUUGGCUUGGUUGACCAGUUGUUCCAAUUGAUGCGUACUCACCGAUGGAUAAUGUCAUCUGAGGUUGCUAAGUAUAUUGAUGCUUGGUUUUGCAAAUUGAAGGAUAAACGUUGGAUGGGAAAUCUAUCCGCGCAUAUCAGUAGUAGAGGUUACUUUUGCUCAGUAUGUAAUGGGAGUUUACCGCCAGCAGAUAUGUCACAGUUUCGUCUUUCAGAAAUGGCUGAUAGAUUUUUUGAAACAGUAGUAAAGGGGACAGAUAUUAGAAAUUUAUUCAUGUCAGCGAAAUCAGAUGAAAUUGAUACAUUGCAUCAAUUUCUUGAUUCUCAAACAGAACCUUUAGAUUGUAUCAUUGAUUUUUUGAAUCUUAUGAAUACUAGACGGUUUCAGUUUACUGAUUCAUCGGGAAUACUUGUUGCUGAGGUGCUGAGACAAAUCAACAAAGAUUUCAACCUGAGACGGUUUUGUUUGGUCAGUAAAGGGAAUACAACGCUGCGCAGACCAGGAUUUUGGAAUCCAAUCAAAAUUUUAGGAAAUCAGUUAGGCAUAUCUGUUCAUAAGUUUUGUACAAAUGCCAAGUCUGAAGACGAUGCAUUCCUGCUUUAUAUGGCCUUAAAAUCUGGUCCCCAAUGUUACAUUGUCUCUAAUGAUGAAUUUAAAAAUUAUCGUUUCUCAGCAGGUCGAGAGCUAGGAGAACAAAUCUCUAGAUGGCAAUCGCAUAGACAUAUUGUCCUACAACCUUUCAUUCCAUCAGUAUAUUUGAAACCAUCGAAAUGCGAUUUAUCUGUACAUGGUAGUCGUGAUAUUGGUUGGCAUAUUCCUUAUCAUAGUGGAAAAUCUCGAAAGUUUUAUACUGCAGUUAACUCAUGGCUUUGUUUACGUCGAGUAAAAUAAAUUAUUAUUAUUAUUUUGAUAAAAUUAACUCUUCUUAUUAAUCACGAUUGGUUACUACGUCGUAAAUAGAUAGUGUCAUGUUUCAA